AUGUCUUAUUCUCGUUUUAUGGAUCGUAGUUUGGACGACAUACCAUCCCACAAUAUGCGGCGUUCCCGCAGUGGAGAGGGUAGAGACCGUGGUGACAGGGCCAGGGACCAUGGUGGUGACAGGGAUGGUGAUGCCGACGAUCGUACUCUGUUUGUGGCUAACUUGAAUUACGAUACCUCCUGGCAAGAGUUGCGGGACCACCUCAAGAAAGCGGGUGCUAUUGAGAAGUGCGAUAUAUUCAAAGACUCUCAUGGCUAUUCUAAAGGAUUUGGGCUUAUUGUGUUCGGUGAUGCUGAGUCAGCAGAACGGGCACUACGGGAGUACAACGAUUCUGUACUGAAUAAUCGCAACAUGAAGCUGAGAAAGGCUCGUCCGCCUGGGGACAGGGAAGAGAAGCCACAGGAGUACAGUAGCAGCAGCAGUGACGCUAACAACAGGAGGGGCCGCCCACACAGGGACCCAGCGUGUACUGUGUUUGUACACAAUUUGGACUACAGUGUGACGUGGCAGAAGCUCAAGGAUAUCUUCAAAGUGGUUGGACGUGUGGUGGAUGUGGAGGUGUUGGAGGGACGCAAGGGAGCAGCUGUGGUCCAGUACAGUACCUCUGAUGAUGCUAUCAAAGCUAUCGCUUUGUUCCAUGGUCAGAUGCUCAUGGACAGGCCUAUGCAACUCAGGAUGGACUCCAAGUCCCCCUACCAGCCUGACCCCCUCAAACUAAAGCUCUCCUCUAUAUCAGACUCACUGGAGAGCACACGGAGAAGUGACCAUCAUCAUCACUCCCGCCAUCACUCACGUCAUCACGAAGGGCACAGUCGUCACGAGCACGUGGGCGGGCGUACUAGACAUCACCACGAGGGUCACAGCCGCCGUGAGCCCCGCCCACGCAGUCACAGUCCCUUUGAGCCGCCCACUCGUCACUACAGUUACUCCCCACCCCCUCAUUCUCCGCCCCCACGUCACAGCAAGGGAUACUCCCGACGAGAGGAAGGUUAUUAUUCCUCCCCGGAGAGAGAGGAAGCUUAUUACAGCAGAUCAGAGCGCAGGCCAUCGUCAAGCUACCCUGAACAGCGUCACCGUGGUUACGAGAAAAGUCGUUAUGAGGCACGCAGUCGGAGUAGAAGCCGUGAGAGGAGGCGAAGUUUCAGUCCCCCAGAGGUCAAAGGUGGGCGUGGUUAUAGUCCCCCAGAGGUCAAGAGUAGGCGUGGCUACAGUCCAGGGUUGAAGGAUGAGCAGCUCCUCACAAUCACCUCCGUGUUUGUCAAGAAUUUGCCAUUCGGUACCAACUGGCAGACGGUCAAGGAUGAGUUCCGGAAGGCAGGUCUAGUCAAGCGAGCUGAGAUCAAGAUGAACAAAGAUGGUCGACCCUCGGGGCUGGCUCUGGUCUGGUACAACACACACACAGAGGCUCUCGAUGCUGUCUCUAUGUUUGAUGAUACCAACUUUGAAGGUCGUCAGAUCAGUGUGCAGCUUAACAAGAUGCAACCAAGACAACAGGAGCGAUACUAAACACUGUAUAAUAAUUAUAUACAAACAUUUAAUGUUUGCUGAGUCAUUUGCUCUUUGUCUGUUUUGCUAUAAUAUACCCUAUAUAUAUAUAUACUUUUUGCAACAUGACGAUUAAACAAAAUAAUAUUGUGGUAAUUCAUUGAA